GGAGAGCAGAAAGUUCUUUCUUCUAUAGCAGUUUGUUCUCUCUAGUGGCUGCUGUGCCCAGUGGCAGGCUGGAGAGAAGAGGCAAGGCAGAAUAAUCUCUAAGGAUCAGAGAAGAAAAGAAAACACAGAGUUUUCCUGUCCACACUGGAUCAAGGUGACUCUGUCCUGAAGACCUAUGGAGCCUGCUGCUUCCCUGCACUCUUGCCUGCUAGCCUCCCUUGUCUUCUUCCUGGUCCUCAGUCUGUAUGUGAUGGUCUCAGCCCAGUUUACUGUCCUGGGACCAGCUGAGCCCAUCCUGGCCAUGGUAGGAGAAAAUACCACACUGUACUGCCACCUGUCACCAGAGAGAAAUGCUGAAGACAUGGAAGUACGGUGGUUUCGGUGGCGUUUGUCCCCUGCAGUGCUUGUGUACAAAGACCAUCAAGAGAGAGAAGAGGAGCAGAUGGCGGCAUAUCAAGGAAGAACCACCUUUGUGAGCACAGACAUCAGCAAGGGAAGAGUGGCGCUCAUUAUCCACAAUGUCACAGCCUAUGACAAUGGCAUCUACUACUGUUACUUCCAGGAAGGCAGGUCCUAUGAUCAGGCUAUCAUGAGGCUCAUGGUGGCAAGCCUGGGCUCUAAGCCCCUCAUUAAAAUGAAGACCCUCGAGGAUGGGAGCAUCUUGCUGGAGUGCACAUCUGAAGGGUGGUACCCAGAACCCAGAGCUGUGUGGAGAGACCCCUAUUAUGAAAUUGUGCCUGCCCUGGAGGAAGAGUGUACAGCUGACAGAGGAGGCCUCUUCACAGUCACCAUGACUGUGAUCAUCAGGGACUCUGUGAGGAACAUGACCUGCUCUGUCAACAACACUCUGCUCAACCAGGAGAUGGAGAGUGUGAUUUUCAUUCCAGAGUCCUUCGUGCCCAGCCUUCCUCUCUGGAUGGUAGCAAUGGCUGUCACUCUGCCUGUACUAAUGCUGAUCCUUCUCACAUCUGGAAGUAUCUGCCUUGUCAAGAAACACCACAGGAAAAAGUCGAUUCUGUCACCUGAAAAAGAAGUUGAAUAUGAAGAAAAAGAAAACGCACGGCAACUUCAAGAAGAACUGCGAUGGAGAAGAACCCUUUUACAUGCUGCUGAUGUGGUUCUGGACCCAGAUACAGCUCAUCCUGAGCUAUUCCUGUCGGAUGACCAGAGAAGUGUAAGACGAGGCGCUUCGAGGCAGAGCGUGCCUGACAACCCUGAGAGAUUUGACUGCCAGCCAUGUGUCCUGGGCCGGGAGAGCUUCUCCUCAGGGAAGCAUUACUGGGAGGUGGAGGUGGAAAAUGUAAUGGUGUGGGCCAUUGGUGUCUGUAGAGACAGUGUUGAAAGGAAAGGGGAGGCCCUGUUGGUUCCUCAGAAUGGCUUCUGGACCCUGGAGAUGUUUGGAAGCCAAUACAGAGCCCUGUCCUCCCCAGAGACGAUCAUACCUCUGAAAGAGCGUCUUCACCGAGUAGCCAUCUUCCUGGACUGGGAAGCUGGCGAUGUUUCUUUCUACAACACGAGAGACAGGUCACACAUCUACACAUGUCCCCCUGUGGCCUUCGCUGGACCCCUGAGACCCUUCUUUAGGCUUGGCUCUGAUGACAGUCCCCUCUUCGUCUGCCCAGCAUUCACAGGGGCACAGGGAGUAAUAAUACCUGAGGGUGGCUUGAUCCUAUAUAGGACAAGACCAGUUUGUCAGAGCCAUGUAAAGGAGCCAUAGCUCUCACCUACCACUCACUGUACAGUGCAAUCAGGUGGAAAGCAGGUCCUAUGACCUUUAGGUCACCUGGAGUAUCUUCCAACUGUCCCCUUCCCACAUAUUUCAGGUCCGUGCCCCUGUUGACUCCUUCAGUAGUUCAUUAGCUUCUAACUGUGGGCCUAGACCCAGUCUUAUUGGACCACUGCUAUCACAUAGCUCUCUGCUGAAAAGAAAGUGUGAGAAGGGGAGAGGUAGAGUACUCGAAGCUUCAGCAUGAUGUUCUGCCCAGAGUGGACAAAGCAAGGGCAAUAGGAUACAUCGGGAGAGAACUGCAGAGGAAGGGGACAGAUAAAUACAAAUUGAGGCCACAGAUGGAGGAAAUGGGGCAGAGAGCUUGGGGUAAGCCUCGUGUGACAGCUGUGGGGAGAUGGGAGCUAAUGGUCCAUUAAUAUCCAAAGCCAAAGUUUUUAUGUCAUGUAAUAAAGAUGUCUGGAGUUUGUAUCUGUAAGCCUACACAUGAGAAGAAAGAAUGAACAGUGAAGAUCCAGAUGCAAGCUGGCUCAGAUGUACCUACAGUAGACACUCAGUUCUGAGUGCUUCCUUCUCUUGAGUCCCAAAGACAGUUCCACAACUUUUCACCCCAGAGAGGAAAUAGGCUCAAGCUUCUAGCACUGCUUUCUGUCCCAGCAUCUACACCCACUAGCACAGCCCUCAUGAUUCACUACUGACUACAGGGACCACUAGAAUAGGGAAGUUUGAGAGAAGCUGGAGAGGUCGGGUUGCAGGUAAGUGAAGGGUUUGCAUUCCAGGAGAAAGGAGAUUGGUGCUGCCCUAAGAAGCACCAGGUGGAACAGUCUGCUAGUGUUGCAGCUCUAGAGUAGGCCAGGAGCUGGGGCUUCUUCACUCUCCCCAAGGUCUGGGAUUAAAGGAAAUGUGAUGCACCAGUUUGCUUGCUCUGUUGCUGUGAUCAUUAUUCUCAAAAGCAACUAGGGAAGAAAAGGAUUUCUUUCAUCUUAACUUCCCCAUCAAAGUUCAUCAUUAUUGAAUGAAAGACAUUCUUAAAUCUACACACUGAGCAAACACAUGAGUGGGGAAAUCAGGGGCACCUUUUAAUCAAACAACUACUUUGACCAAAUAAGAUUAUGUUAGUCUUUCUCAGAUGUGUGUCACCCACAUGUAUUGACACUUUUCAGGUACUUUCUUUCAGAUCAACUUGGUGUUUAGCCAGAGAAAGAUACCUACUGUCUUCUUGUAAAAAGACCAAAUGGUUUGAAUCUCAGUCUACAGCAGUGGAGCUACAGCCAACCAAAGGCUUUCUUUCAGAACUGGGUCCCAGGUCCCAGCUGGUCACACCCUGAUGAAGAGCUCCAGCUGCACUCUUUCUCUCUUUCCCACCCUCUUCCCCCCUCUCUCUCUUC